AAGACAUUCCAGCUGGCAACCGGCUAUUAUUUCAUAUUUGAGGUUAUUGUUGUUGUUUUUUUUAACCGAUUUUUGUUUACUUUAUUCAAUUUAAAUUGCAUUAAAAUUUCUUCAACUAUUUGAAGUUUGCUUUCAGGCUUUCAGAGAAGAAUAAUUAAGUAUGGCAACACCUAAAAAACAAAGUAUUUUUGCACAGCGAAUGCAAAAUGCCAAGAAGUUAAAAUCACAAGAUAACAGAAAUGUAGCUGCUGUAUCAUCUGGUGCGCCAAAUUUUCAAGUAGAAGCAGCCUGUUUUGGUGAGAAAAGUAACAUUGUUCAUGGACCUGAUGCUGGAAUUAUUCAUGAAGAAAAUGUGAAAAGACUUGCAUCGAUGUCACCAUCAGAAAUUGAAGAAGAAAGAAAUAAGCUGAUUGCAAAUUUGGAUCCAUCAAUUGUUGACUUUCUGAGAUCUAGAAAAACUACGAAGGUUAAUUCUAACCAGACUAAAAGACAUGACCCCACACCUAGUUCUUGUAGCAUGGAGAUCAGUGAUGUGCCAGUGGUCACACAGACUCCAGUUGCAGAGUUAGUCAACAAGUAUCCACACAUGGACGUGUUGGAACCUGACAAGUUGGAGUGGAUGCAGGAGGUUCCCCCACCCCAACCUCCCGCACCUGGCUGUCCAUACAGUGCUAGGUUCAACUUUGACGGAGAGCUGAUGCCAUAUACAAACGAUACAAAGACAGAUGGACUGUACCACCACGGGGAGGAGCCAGAUCGUCCUGGCUACACGCUGCAGGAGUUGAUGCAACUCAGUCGUUCUUCCAUGCUGCAACAACGUAUCACUGCCAUCUCUACUCUGGCCAACAUAUUUCACAAGGCCAGUGACUACGACUACUGCCUGGAGCGCCCACUACUGCCACAACUACUCAACUCGGAACUGUACCUGCUCCUCAGGUUCACUCUGGACGAUCCUGUUAGGUCUGUGGUUUCUGCUGCCAUUGCUGCCAUAGCCAACCUCCUUGUCAAUGUGAAAGAUGAGGGAUGUCUGGAUCGCUUGCUGGGGACACUACCUGGAUUGUUUCAACCGUCUUUCUACGUCCACUUGGACCUGAAACCUUCAGAACUCAACGAGCUGAAAGACACAGAACUAUUGAAAGUUGAUGUCAUCCGAGGUGCAUUGAGAACUCACCUCCUGCCGAGAUUCAGGUAUAUCCUGGACAAACUGGACCCUGAGCCAGUGGAAAUCUCACAUAUCAUGAGGUGUCUCACCCGGAUAGUGAGACACUCCCAUGAGGCUGCUUUCAGUAUUUCCAGAGCUCCUGGCCUCCUGGAUGCCGUGCGCAGACUGCUGAAUAAGCAGCCACCAGUAGCCUGCUCAGAAUCCAUGAAGCUGUUCCGUGUGAUGGCUUGUCAAUCGAGAGGCCUGGCAGAGUAUCUUGUGGAAACCCACAGUUUGGUGGAGCCGAUUCAACGCUUCAUUGCUGGUGAUCGUGACGAAACAACAAUGAGUCUGGCCCUGGAGAGUUUUUACACCUGGCAGACACUUUUGUCCUACCACUUGACUACCAGUAAUGUUCCAAUGUUCAUGCCUGUGAUCCAACGGCUGCUGGUGGGUUAUGCCGAGAAUAUCAGCCUGGAUAGCGCGGGGGGAGAUCUUGCACACGCCACUGCACUUGUGUACUGGAUUGUUCGUGUGCUACGCGUUGACUUGUCCUGCGCUCAGUGCCUCCUACCAGCAUUCCAACUCUGUGCGCUCAAGUGGUUGAGUCAGGCCACAACCAUUUCCCCCUUGCAGUGGGCUGCCAACACAUUACUGGGAGCAGUUCUACAUGCUGUAGCGGUUCUCAUUACCUUACAGGGCCUGAAAAAUGUGGAAAUCGAACAAAAAGUGGGGUUAUUCUUCCGCAGUGAUAACUUUAUUCAUACCACCCAACGUUUGAGGAAGUACUCCUGGUUGAUGGAGGGAGAAAAGAGCCCAUCUGUAGUAGACAGUCUACCUUGUCUGGGCUCGGUGCCGCCAAUAAUAUAUGACGACAGUCCACUGCCUCUCAUCAUGGGCCUGACAGUCUAUUUGAAUGCUGUGCGUUCACCCCAGCUGUCAGAGGCAUUGGUGACAGCUGAAGGUGUCCAAAGGUAUCUGGAAGUGGUGACUGGAGAAAUUAGGACUACAACAGCCCACUGGUUCGCCCGCCAGGAGCUCAUUUUUGUCCAAACACUCUUGCAGGUUCACUUACACAUACAGAAUCCUGUGAAGAACAGCUUGGUACAUCAAGCAGCGUUGUUCCUGUCAACUUCUAUACACGCUGAUGAUCGUUACAUGUUGGCCAAUUUGUUUGAUCAAUUCGUCUUCAACAAAAAGUUUUUCAGUUCUGAAAUAUCAGAUUUACCAGAACAGCUUCAGAGUCUACAGAUAGGCCAAGAUCUGAACCAAGCAACCCUCUCAACACCCUCUCAACUGGCUUCCUCAAGAAGAACAAAACUGCUCAACGAGGCUCUGGACAGUCUAGAGACGAUCAGCCUUUGCUACAAGAGAGAGUUUGGGUUAGAAGGGCUUCGUCUCAGCUCACCGUUCCCCGCCCUCACUGGUUCUCACUGUGGCACCGACCCCGCCCUUCCGUCAGACUGGCACUUUCUGCCUAUUGUACAUCUCCACAAUAUUGAUGGGAAGCGAGAAGACGCCAAGUGUGUGGCAGUUAGCUGUCUACAGUGGAGUUUAGUUCUGGAAUGUAUGAGACCUCGGUUUGUGGCCAACCUCAGUGUCGCUUCUCGAUUCUGUCGGCUGGCUUGUGUUCUUCUUGCAGGUAGUGACCUGUUCCGGGAUACACAAGAAUGGCUGGAGGAAGUUCUUCAGGCUCUACUGGUUCACAAUGAACACAUCAACUUCGACGAGCCCAUACCAGGACUGAAGUCAUUCUAUGACUUUUACCGGCAAAUAUUGGAGCAAUUUGUUGGUGUAUCUUAUGGUGACCAAUUGUUUGGUCGAUUCGUGUUGAUUCCCUUGCAGCAGCAGCACAACAUCAAGCUACGGAAACUGAUCUGGUGCGAGCUUGGUGCUGCACUCCGGUUUCUGUCUACUCCUGUGUCUCAGGUGCCCCUGAUAAAGUACCUGGAACCUUGUGAAACCGAUCCGGACCUUCUGUUCAUUUACUUGAGUGCCCUCGCUCAAGGUAGAGUGAAAGAGACAUUCUGCCCGGUGUUAUACAGAGUGGCCGUGCAUCACGUGUGCACAUAUAUCUCUCGAUACCCUGACCUACCUGCCACCAGACGGCUGGCACAGAUGGUUCAGGCUCUGGGCAAUCAGGAACUCAAGAGUUUACUGAUGAAUUACCAUGUCUCAAAAUAGUUUUUAGCCGUAGUUUUGUAAAAAUGUUUUAUUUUAUAAUAAAUUUUGUUUUGAAGAAAAACUGCUUUUGUUUU